AAGUCAAGAGGGAUCAUUUCCAAAUUCAGAAAAAGGGGAAUACUUUGGAAAUCAGAGGGGAGGAAGGGGUCACUUGGAUAAGCAUAUAAGGCAGUCAGUCAUGAAAGCGUCACACUGUGAAGAAAGAAAUAGUAGCUUGAAUCAAAGAAAACUAUACGGGUGUUCAGAUUGUAGGAAAACUUUCAGUCGGGAUUCUCACCUGAUGAUACAUCAGAGGACUCACACAGGAGGAAAACCAUAUGAGUGUUUGCAUUGUGGGAAAUGUUUCAGUCAUAAUUCCAACCUGAUAAUACACCAGAGAACUCACACAGGAGAAAAACCAUAUGAGUGUUUGCAUUGUGGGAAAAGUUUCAGUCAUAAUUCCCAUCUGGUUGUUCAUUUGAGGACUCACACAGGAGAGAAACCCCAUGAGUGUCCAGAUUGUGGAAAAAGUUUCAGUCAUAAUUCCAACCUGAUGAUACACCAGAGGACUCACACAGGAGAGAAACCAUAUGAGUGUUUGCAUUGUGGGAAAAGUUUUAGUCAUAAUUCCCAUCUGAUAGUUCACUUGAGGACUCACACAGGAGAGAAACCCCAUGAGUGUCCAGAUUGUGGAAAAGGUUUCAGUCAGUAUUCCAACCUGAUGAUACACCAGAGGACGCACACAGGGGAGAAGCCAUACAAGUGUCUGGACUGUGGGAAAUCUUUCAGUUCAAAAUCUGGCCUGGUGAUACACCAGAGAACUCACACAGGGGAGAAACCAUAUCAGUGUCUGGAUUGUGGAAAAAGUUUCAGUCAGUCUUCUAGCCUUGUGAAACACCAGAGGACUCACACAGGAGAGAAACCGUAUGAGUGUCCGGACUGUGGUAAAGGGUUCUGUACUAAGACUAACCUUAUUACUCAUGCAGGUUUACAUAUAGGGGAGAAACCUUUCAAAUGCCCAGAGUAUUGUAAGAAAACAUUCAGUCGGGAUUCUCACCUGAUGAUACACCAGAGGACUCACACAGGAGAGAAACCAUAUGAGUGUUUGCAUUGUGGGAAAAGUUUCAGUCAGAAUUCCCAUCUGGUGGUUCACCUGAGGACUCACACAGGAGAGAAACCAUACAAGUGUCUGGACUGUGGGAAAUCUUUCAGGUCAAAAUCUGUUCUGGUGAUACAUCAGAGGACUCACACAGGGGAGAAACCGUAUCAGUGUCUGGAUUGUGGAAAAAGUUUCAGUCAGUCUUUCAGCCUUGUGAAACACCAAAGAACUCACACAGGAGAGAAACCCCAUGAGUGUCCAGAUUGUGGAAAAGGUUUCAGUCAGUAUUCCAACCUAAUGAUACACCAGAGGACACACACAGGGGAGAAACUAUACAAGUGUGUGGACUGUGAGAAAUCUUUCAGUUCAAAAUCUAUUCUGGUGAUACACCAGAGGACUCACACAGGGGAGAAACUGUAUCGGUGUGUGGAUUGUGGGAAAGGUUUCAGUCUGUCUUCCAGCCUUGUGAAACACCAGAGGACUCACACAGGGGAGAAACCAUAUAAAUGUCUUAACUGUGGAAAAGGUUUCAGUCAGUAUUCCCACCUUGUAAUACACCAGAGGACUCACACGGGAGAGAAACCGUAUGAGUGUCCAGACUGUGGGAAAGGUUUCAGUACUAAGACUAACCUUAUUACUCAUGCAGGUUUACACAUAGGGGAGAAACCUUUCAAAUGCCCAGAGUGCGGACGGUGUUUCUCGCAAACCUCCUCCCUUACUACACACAAGAAAAUCCACAAAGGAGAGAAACCAUAUAGGUGUCAGGAUUGUGGGAAAAGAUUCAGUCAUAAUUCCCAUCUGGUGGUACAUCUGAGGACUCACACAGGAGAGAAACCCUAUGAAUGUCCAGAUUGUGGGAAAGGCUUCAGUCAUAAUUCCAACCUGAUCAUACAUCUGAGGACUCACACAGGAGAGAAACCAUAUGAGUGUACAGAUUGUGGGAAAGGUUUCAGUCAUAGUUCCAACCUGAUGAUACACCAGAGGACUCACACGGGGGAAAAACCAUUUGAGUGUUGGGAUUGUGGGAAAAGUUUCAAACAGCAUUCUGAUUUUGUGAAACACUGGAGGACUCACACAGGAGAGAAACCAUAUGAGUGUUCCGAUUGUGGGAAAGUUUUCAGUCAUAAUUCUGAUCUUCUGAACCACCAGAAGAGUCAUACUGGAGAGGUCCCAUACAAGUGUCUGGACUGUGGGAAAGGUUUCAUUCGGAAUUCUGCCCUGCUAAUGCACCAGAGGAUUCACACUGGGGAGAAACCGUACAAGUGUCCAGAUUGUGGUAAAUGUUUCAGUUGGAAUUCUAGGCUUGUGAUGCACCAGAGGACUCACACAGGGGAGAAACCAUAUGAGUGUCCAAAUUGUGGGAAACGUUUCAGUCAUAAAUCCAACCUGAUGAUACACCAGAGGACUCACACAGGAGAGAAACCAUUUGAGUGUCAGGAUUGUGGGAAAAGUUUCAGUCAUAAUUCCGACCUUGUGAAACACCAAAGGAUGCACACAGGGGAGAAACCAUAUGUGUGUCAGGAUUGUGGGAAAUGUUUCAGUGUUAAUUCCAACCUUGUGAAACACAAGAGGACUCACACGGGGGAGAAACCAUAUAACUGCGCAGAUUGUGGAAAAUAUUUUCGUUGGAAAUGUGUUCUGGUGACACACCAGAGGAUUCACUCAGGGGAGAAACCAUAUCAGUGUCUGGAUUGUGGAAAAAGUUUCAGUCAGUAUUACGUCCUUGUGACACACCAGAGGACUCACACAGGGGAGAAACCAUAUGAGUGUCCGGACUGUGGGAAAGAUUUCAGUACAAAGUCUAGCCUUAUAAGUCAUGUAGGUAUACAUACAGGGGAGAAACCUUUCAAAUGCACAGAGUGCAGACAAUGCUUCUCGCAAAGUUCCUCGCUUAUUAAACACAAGAAAAUCCACAUGAGGCAGAAGUCAUUUGGGUGUUCUGAUUGUGGGAAAACUUUCAGUAGGAAUUCUCACCUGGUGACGCACCGGAGGACACACACAGGAGAGAAACCCUAUGCGUGUCCAGAUUGUGGAAAACAUUUCAGUCAGAAUUCCCACCUGGUCUCACACCAGAGGACUCACACAGGGGAGAAAAUGUAUGAGUGUCCAGAUUGUGGGAAAGAUUUCAGUCAUAACUCCAACCUGGUGAUACACCAGAGGACUCAUACAGGGGAGAAACCCUAUGAGUGUCCAGUCUGUGGGAAAGGUUUCAGUCAUAAUUCCAACCUUGUGAAACACCAGAGGACUCACACUGGGGAGAAACCAUAUAUAUGUCCAGAUUGUGGGAAAGGCUUCAGUCAGAAAUCCCAUCUUGUUAAACACCUGAGUAUUCACACUCGGGAGAAACGGUACGAGUGUCCCCAUUGUGAGAAAUGUUUCUUCUGUAAUUCCAACCUGAAGAUACACCAGAGGACUCACACAGGAGAGAAGCCAUAUGAGUGUCCAGAUUGUGGGAAAGGUUUCAGUCUGAAUUCAAGUCUUGUUAAACACCUGCGGAUUCACACUCGGGAGAAACGGUACAAGUGUCCUGAUUGUAGGAAAAGUUUCAGUCAUAAUUCUGACCUUGUGAAACACCUGAGGAUUCACAGAGGAGAGAAACCCUUUGAAUGUCCUGAUUGUGGGAAAGGUUUCAGUCAUAAUUCCAAUCUUGUGAAACACCAAAGGACUCACACAGGUGAUAAACCAUAUAAGUGUCUGAACUGUGGAAAAUGUUUCAGUUGGUAUUCUGGCCUGGUGAGACACCAGAGGACUCACACAGGAGAAAAACCAUAUGAGUGUCCAGACUGUGGGAAAGGUUUCAGUACUAGAACUAACCUUAUAAAUCAUGUAGGUUUACACACAGGUGAGAAACCUUUUAAGUGCCCAGAAUGUGGGAAAACCUUCAAUCGGAAUUCUCACCUUGUGCAACACCAGAGGACGCACACCGGAGAGAAACCUUAUGAGUGUCCAGAUUGUGGGAAAGGCUUCAGUCAGAAUUGCCACCUGGUGACACACCAGAGGAUUCACACAGGAGAGAAACCGUAUGAGUGUCAGGAUUGUGGGAAAAAAUUCAGUUUCAUUCGGAAUUCUGCCCUGCUAAUGCACCAGAGGAUUCACACUGGGGAGAAACCGUACAAGUGUCCAGAUUGUGGUAAAUGUUUCAGUUGGAAUUCUAGCCUUGUGAUGCACCAGAGGAUUCACACAGGGGAGAAACCAUACGAGUGUCCGGACUGUGGGAAAAGUUUCAGUGCUAGAUCUAUCUUGAUAAAUCAUGUAGGUUUACAUACAGGGGAGAAGCCUUUCAAAUGCCCAGAUUGUGGAAAGUGCUUCUCACAAACGUCCUCCCUUAAUAAGCAUAAAAAAAUCCACAUGAGGCAGAAGGUGAUGAGUGAAGAGAAAGCUUGAAUUUCUUUUCUGAGCUGCCUUUGCAAAUGUAGCUGAGAAAUUAUUUAAUUUCUGGUCUGAUUCAGUUUAGUGAAACAUGUUUCAGUGUUAGGCAUGAGGGAGGAGAGAA